CAAACCCGAAAUUCCCCAAAAAAAAACUGGUUUUGCGCAGCUCUUCCAUCAUCAUCGUGUCAACCUCGAUCAGAGCAGAAGAGCUCCAUCGUCCCCCUCAAAGGGCAAACCGUAAACCCCCUUAAAGGAGCAAAAUUGAGGAGGAGGAGGAAGAAGAAGAUGGGUCUUCUUUAUCAUAAUCACCAUCAUCGUCUUGCUUCGGUUAUGUGUUUCCUAAUCGCGGCGAUCCCCUUGGUCCAAUCAGAGGACUCCAUAUACGACCACCUCCGCCAGUUCGGGCUCCCCGCCGGGCUCCUCCCUAAGGGCAUAACCGAUUUCACGAUCGACCCCUCCGACGGCCGGUUCCAGGUGAACCUGCCGCAGCCCUGCAACGCCAAGUUCGAGAACCAGGUCCACUACGACUUCAACGUCACGGGUACCCUCAGCCCCGGCCAGAUCGGCGAGCUGUCCGGCGUGUCCGCCCAGGAGCUGUUCCUCUGGUUCCCCGUCAAGGGCAUCCACGUCGACGUCCCCAGCUCCGGCCUCAUCUACUUCGACGUCGGGGUCGUGGACAAGCAGUUCUCCCUGUCCCUAUUCGAGUCCCCUCCCGAUUGCGCCGCCGUGGACCCCAACGAUCCCGAGUUCUCUUGCCGGCCCGAGAAGGAGGGUGGCCUCCAGCUGGAGUCUCAGACUGAAUCAGGAAAGAUCUGUUGCAAUGGUGGGCAAGAAAACGGAUUAAGGGCGGCAUCAUAGAUACUAGGAGGCUAAUUCAGAAGCCGCCAGUAGCUUGGUCGUACCUUAUGGGAUGUCUUCCUUUUUAUCUCGAGACCAUCGGGAAUCGUUUGUGUUUAUGGGCAGUUUGUGCUUUCAACACGCGCUCGUUGUUGAUACUACUGUACAGAUCUAGGAGGGUACUAUACGAUACAAUACAACUUUCUUCUUUGGAAGGGUUGAUGCCUGUGACAAUUUUGGACAAGCGGAGAGCAUAGGAGGAAUAUGAAUCUUUGUGGAUCGUACUUACUGGAGAUAUGGGGAUGGAGUCGUCUUCGCCUUGUAUUAAUAAGUGGAUGCAAUUCUAUAAUAUGUGUAUUAAAGAGUCUUUAUUGUAAUUCUUCCUGUAACGAUAAGCAUUCUGUACAUGGUGCUUUCUAAGACUCAUGGUCGUGCAAGUCUGCGCUUGUCUUCGGAUUAGUGUCAGGCUGCUGAUAACGGCCAUUGCGACUUCUCAUUG